CGUCCUUAAGCUGACGUCAGCCCGGUACCCAUGAACAACCGGUAGCGUUGAAGAUAGUAUGGUCUUCUGUUGUUUUUAGCUUUGUUAUUUAACCUCCCCUGUCCAACGUACAAACACCAUGCCUUUCGAUGUCAGGAGAUUUGAUAUCUACAGGAAAGUGCCAAAAGAUCUCACCCAGCCAACAUACACAGGGGCUUUCAUUUCCAUCCUCUGCUGUGUCUUCAUACUCUUCCUCUUCCUGUCUGAGCUGACGGGAUUCAUAGCCACUGAAAUUGUAAAUGAACUGUAUGUGGAUGAUCCCGAUAAAGACAGUGGUGGGAAGAUAGAUGUGAGUUUAAACAUCAGUUUGCCAAACUUACACUGUGAUUUGGUGGGGUUGGACAUCCAAGAUGAGAUGGGACGCCACGAAGUCGGUCACAUAGAGAACUCGAUGAAGAUUCCUCUAAACCAGGGUGAUGGCUGUCGCUUUGAGGGGGAGUUCACCAUCAACAAAGUACCGGGAAACUUCCACGUGUCUACACACAGUGCCACAGCGCAACCUCAAAGCCCUGACAUGACCCACACCAUCCACAAGCUUGCCUUUGGAGAAAAGCUCCAGGUUCAAAAAGUCCAAGGAGCCUUCAAUGCGUUAGGAGGGGCCGACAGGCUGUCAUCUAAUCCUCUGGCUUCACAUGACUACAUAUUGAAGAUAGUACCAACAGUGUAUGAAGACCUCUCGGGCAAACAGAGGUUCUCCUACCAGUAUACAGUAGCCAAUAAGGAGUAUGUUGCUUACAGCCACACGGGAAGAAUUAUCCCAGCGAUCUGGUUCAGAUACGACCUCAGUCCGAUCACAGUAAAGUACACAGAGAGGAGGCAGCCCUUCUACCGCUUCAUCACAACAAUUUGUGCCAUCGUCGGAGGGACGUUCACAGUCGCGGGGAUCAUCGACUCCUGUAUUUUCACCGCUUCGGAGGCCUGGAAGAAGAUACAGCUUGGCAAAAUGUCAUGAUGACUGCUUCCCACCCCUCCUCACAUCUUAUUUAUAAGUGCAAAGUUGCUAGCCUGUUAGCUAAAUCCAACCCGAAUUGCCUUCCUUCAGGAGCUUGUAUCACCUUGUCCAUAUAAGAGUCUUGGGCACUUGAUUUAACUACCAGGCUACAGGGAUGCGUCUGUUUUAUUAAAGAUCCUCUUGGCCUCUUUCUGCUCUGCUGACGUGAGAACGCUGACUAUCACAUAUCAGCUUCCUCCGUCUUCAGUGUCAGGAGGGGAAAGGAGACGAGAUCUUUUGUUACUUUGUGCCAGGGUUUCAUCCUGUAUGUGGGUUUUUAUUGAAGGUUGCGGCUGAUAUUUUUAGUAUGACGUGAAAGGAUAAUAAUAGAUAUGUCCACAUGUAUUCAAUCUAAGGAACAUUUUUAAUUCAUGGGGAUGUGGGGGGGAUUAUUUAGAGGAAGAAUGAUAUAAUUCAGUGAGGAAAUGGGAUCAAAACAGGAUCAUCUCAACCAUGUUGUGUUGCUAAAUCAGAGGACCAGUCUAGCUGCUUUUGACUCCUCAAAGCUGCAAAAGUAAAUGAUUAUUUAUAGGAAGUAUUGUUGGGAUUUAUAAAGCACGCAUAGGAUGGGUUGAAGUCGAUAGUGUUGUCUGUACAAACGGCAUUUUGUGUCAUGCAACCUGGUCUCUUGUCUUAUCUCCACUACUCAACCUGUGUGCCUUUUGGCUUACUGUUAAACCGUUCAGGAUUAUCACCAGCUGUCAUGUGUUCGUCAGCCUCUUUCUGCCACUGGAAGCUGCAUUUUCAGUUUCUCCUGCUUGUUUUGGUAUCGGUGCAGACUCAGUUUUCGAGAUCUCUUUACAGCACAUUUAUCAGUCCAUUCGUACCAAAUAUGUCCCUAAUUUCACCUUUUUUUUUAUUUCAUCUCAGUGAUUGCAAAAAUAUAGUGAAUGUUUGCAUUUUUUCUAUUCUUUUUUUUUUUUUUUUUUUUUGGUU